AAGCCUUGUUCCUGUUUGAAAUUUUUGGGACGACCGACCGUUUCCGCAACCCCCACAUCCUCGUCUCUAUACUAACCAACUGGUCAAGGAAUCAGCCUCACUCUUGGUUCCUGGCGACGACACCUGGUUUCCCUUCUUUUCUGCUUCAAGGUACUCACUUCUCUUUACAAUGCCGGCCUUACAUCCACGGACCGCUUCGACAGAAGCGCCUGCAACAUAUAGCCAACCUUCAAGGAAAGGCAAAAAGGCUUGGAGAAAAAAUGUCGACAUCACGGACGUUACUAAAGGUCUUGAUGAAUUGAAUGAAGAGAUCAUUAGAGGAGGUGUCGUAGCCGAACGUCCUUCUGAUGAACUCUUCACCCUCGAUACGGUCGGCGAUGCAUCCAUACCCAAAAGGUUUCCUCAGCACACCUCAAAAACAUUAAAGGCAGAUGAGAUUAUUGCCGCACGCAACUCCGCUGUCCCAGCUGUUCCCAUGCGAAAACGGCCCGGCGACAAGACAACAGAUGGGCUUAUACCCGCUAAACGCACGAGACGCGAAUAUGUUACGGUCAAGGAACUUUCACGUUUGCGCAAAGUCGCUGAUGGACAUCACGAGUCAACGGUAGAGAUCUCUGAUGCUUCGUACGAUCCUUGGGCUGUCGCGCCUGAGCCCGGAAGAUUAGAUACUUUGCAGGAUAAACGCGAUGACAAAAAGAAGGCUCCAAAGUCUUUUGCACAAAAGUCCAUAUCACUCCUUGCGAGCGGCAAAGCAACACCUGCAGUCCCAAAACCUGCAGGCGGUCACAGUUAUAACCCAAGGUUUGAAGAUUACGAGGCCCGAUAUACAGAGGAGUGUAACAAAGCGGUCGAGGCAGAGAGAAAGCGACUAGCUGCAGAGGAAGCGGGCAAGAUCAAAGCCGAGGCGGCUGCUCGAUCAGCAGCUGAAGCCGAAGCCGCAGAAGCUCGAGCAGAGCUCUCUGAAUGGGAGGAAGACUCAGAGUGGGAGGGAUUUCAAAGUGAGGGCGAAGAGCUGCGCCAAACAGUCAAGAAACAGAAGCGCAAAACGAAGGCCGACAGGAACAGGAUUCAGAGACGCAAAGAUGAAGAGCGGCGGCUUAAGCAUGAAGCUAAGACUAAGCUCCGCAAAGAGCAAUUAGAACGGAUCAAGCAGAUUGCGCAGGAGGUAGCGGAACGUGACCAAGCACUGGCACUUGCUCAGGCUGAAGAAGCAAGUGAUAGCAGUAUGGCGAGCAAUGACGAAGUAUUGCGGCGGAAACAGCUUGGGAAAUUGAAGCUGCCAGAGAAGGAUCUAGAGCUGGUAUUGCCUGACGAAUUACAGGAUUCGUUGCGGUUGCUGAAGCCGGAAGGCAAUCUGCUCAAAGAUCGGUAUCGGAGCCUGCUUGUUAGGGGGAAGAUGGAGAGCCGAAGGAGAAUACCUUUCAAGAAGCAAGCCAAGACAAAGAUCACCGAGAAGUGGUCUUAUAAAGACUUCCAUGUUUAGCCAGGUAAUUGAGGGGUUUCCUGUUCGAAUAUCAUGUGCUUAUAUAAGAAGCCAGUGCGAAUCAAUUGCAAGAUUGCAAUCUGCUGAAAUGGCCGAGGCAAAGCAUGAACACGAAACACGCUACCCUAAGAAAUUGCUUUGGGGCGAGCUCGUAAAAAUAUAUAUACGGAAGACUCGGAAAGUGUAAAAUGCGAUACAACGCUUAUCAUCUCCAACUAUAAUUAUAUAACGGGAAGGAUGAAUGCUGCUGUCUUGCUCCCUAUCCAUACCUACCUAUGUAUCUAGGUAUGUAGG